ACAGAAGCUGUUGAGCUGAAUCACACGCAGUUGGCUGUAGUUUGGCUCUGUUAACCGAAAGCCUAGAGAACAAAUUGCAUGUAUUUAGGCCAUUUGAAUAUGAAGUUCGGCUGUGUAAAAAAAAAGAAAAAAAAGAAAACAGUUUCAUGGUCGAUUCUUUGUUGGAAUAUUUGGUUCACGUAACCAGAAAGAGCUCAUAAGUGAUGAGUUUUCCUUGAACAUAUGGACAUCUCAGGAUCCCUAAUACUGUAAAACCACUGUUUACUGUAAUUUUUAUUUUAUUUUAUUUGAUGGCUACUUCAGGCCUGAUUAGCUCAAAUCUCUCCCUCCACCCACUCCUACACACCCACCUACCAACACUUACAAACACACAUGUCCAGUACACCCUCCCCUCUGCACUAAAUCACCACACUUGAAGAGAUCAAAACAUCAGACCUUGUUCCAUAUUGCUGUAGAAGAGCGUUCCUUGCCCGAGUUGACAGCAUAUGACCUGUUCCUCCACCUCCUGUUGAGACAGAAAGAGAGGUUUCUAAGCGAGGAGAUAAUGAGAGUUCACACACAUACCAGAUUCUGCUUUCUCUGCAUGCUGACCCUGCUGUAUCAUCAGUGCAGUCACUGCCAUGAAGGAGGGUCCCACCAUCACCACGGGCACAACCGCAGUGACCACGACCACGUUCACAGUGACCUGCAGAUUUCAGAAUUGUCCUGCGAUGGUUUAUCAGACCAGUUUGUGCACAGCAGCCAUGGUGAACCUGCAGAGAACGAGCAACAUUACUACAUCCAGCAGUUGUUCUGUCGAUAUGGCCACAUGGGUCGUCUGGAUUUUAAAGGCUUCCAGAGUCUGCUGUUGAGUUUAGGGCUGGGCAAAGUGCGCGUUGUUGGGCUGGAGCAUGAAGAACUGGGCCACGAUCAUGUGGCACACUUAGAUGUUCUCGAAGUUCAGGAAGGUCAGCACUCACAUUCAGCCGACCAUCCGCAUCUUCAUCAGAAGCCCCACAUCUCACACAAGACCCAUCAACAUUCCCACCAUGAGAAUGAACAACACGGCCCUGCCGAGGAGCUACCGUGCAGCAAAACACUUGGCACCGGAGCCGAGAGCACCACUCACAGUGGAUCUGAGGGACAUGAUCAUGGGGGACAUGAUCAUGAUCACCAUGACCAUGAUCAUGAUCAUGAUCACCAUGACCAUGAUCAUGAACAUGAUCACCAUGACCAUGAACAUGAGAAAGACAGUGAUCACAAACAUAUCCACAGGCAUGUUACGGACAGUCCUCAUACUCAAGAUGACCAUGACCAACUUGAGCAAAAGAGUAGUGAACAUGCACAAGAAAAUAAUGAUCUCAGUGACCAAAACCACCAUCAUCACGACCACCAUCACCACAAGCAUCCCCACCCUCAUCUCCAUGGUUCUGACAGCGUGGAGCACAACACAGCAACCCCUCAUCUCACACCCAGAAUACAGCCUUCUGCCCCAGCUGAGCUACCCACCACACAACCCAGAAGAAACAGCAGACCACCUAAAGCUAGAGCUCAUCGAGGCCGCAACAAGACUAGCAUCAGUGUUACUCAGGCUGGCGAGCUGGAGACAAGAAGAGAUGACCAUGUCCAUAGCAGCCAGGAUCACAGCCCUAUUCAGCCGCAGAGGGGCAGGAGAGAGGUUCCAGGAGAAGAUCUGUCUGUGAAAUCACAUGCACAUGGUGUUCUUCACCAACAAGAGGAGUGUCUGAAUUUAACGGAGCUGCUACAACAAUACGGACUGAGCUCGGGUUCUCUCAUAUCUCCAGUGCAGUUCACCUAUUUAUGUCCAGCACUGCUCUAUCAGAUAGACAGACGCUUCUGCAUCCUUCAUUAUCACCACGUUGAGGCUGAAGUACAAGAUGAAACAUCUUCAGUGUGGGUCUGGAUGUGGGGCUUUGUGUCGAUCACCAUCAUCAGCCUGCUGUCUCUGCUGGGUGUUGUUCUGGUGCCCAUCCUUAACCAGUCCUGCUUCAAGUUUCUCUUGACCUUCCUGGUGGCACUGGCAGUGGGAACCCUCAGUGGUGAUGCCUUACUGCAUCUACUCCCUCAUUCUCAAGUUGGCCAUGAUCACAGCCAUGGAGGACACUCAGAGGAAGAACCUGCAGAGUUUUUUCUUACCAAGUUUGAUGGAGUUUGGAAAGGACUGACUGCACUAGCAGGAAUCUACCUCCUCUUCAUCAUUGAACAUUGCAUUGGCAUGUUCAAACACUACAGGGACCAAAGGGGAAGCCUCUGCCAAGGGAAGAAGAAAGGAGAGCAGGCAAAGAUUGGGAGGAAGUUGUCAGACCACAAACUCAACAGGCAUUCAGAUGCCGAGUGGCUCCAUCUGAAGCCUCUAACAGAGGGAGAAGGUACAACGUGUGAAGCCGGACACAAUGACACUCAGAUGACGGAGUUGCAGCCUUUGGAUUCACCCAGCAAAAUGCCACUCUCCAUCUCUGAUUCAGAUCACCCCUACAAGGAGCCAGUAAAAACAGAAGAGGACAGUAGGCCAAAGGCAAAAUCAAAAAAGCAUGGACAUGGGAACGGACACGGACAUGGCCAUGGUCACUCCCACCACGGGCACUGUCACUCUGACCAGGAAAUGAAGGAUGCGGGCAUCGCCAGCAUAGCAUGGAUGGUGAUCAUGGGAGAUGGCAUGCAUAACUUUAGUGAUGGACUUGCUAUAGGUGCUGCUUUCAGUGCUAAUAUUACAGGUGGCAUUAGUACUUCAGUGGCUGUGUUCUGUCACGAACUGCCCCAUGAACUAGGUGACUUUGCCGUUUUAUUGAAGGCUGGGAUGUCAGUGAAGCAAGCCAUUGUGUACAACGUCCUCUCUGCUCUGAUGGCUUAUGCUGGCAUGGUGAUCGGCACGGCUGUGGGACAGUACACGCACAACGUCACCAGCUGGAUCUUUGCCGUUACUGCUGGCAUGUUUCUCUAUGUGGCAUUAGUGGAUAUGUUGCCAGAGAUGUUUCAUGGUGACAGUGAGGAGCACAAGCGCUGUGAGAUGGGUCACUUUGUCCUGCAGAACUUGGGCAUGCUCACAGGGUUUGGCAUCAUGUUGCUGAUCGCCAUCUUCGAGGAUCACAUUGUGAUUGACUUUGGCUUCUAGCCGGAGCCUGAGGUCAGGGGUGGCGUCAUUCAUCAGCUACAUUCACACACGUGCUUUGCCUUAAAGUGGCUUAGUUUUGUGAUGGUACAGUCUUGCAGGCAUGUCUCAAAAGACAGCAUCAGUAGCUUACAGUGGACAUGGACAUGCAAACAAAUGUGUUUACAUUUCUUCAUCUCUCAUCUCUUCCUCUCUAGGCCACUCAAAACAGUUGCUUGUCAUCUUCAAGGUCUUUUGUAGUUGUAGCUUCUAGACUGUUCUCUCUUGUCCUUAUUCAGUUCUUUUUUUUUUGAGUAUGUGUGUCCAAUCAGACAUAUCCACAGCACAUGAGUAGCACUCCCCAGUAUUUGGGUUAUCCCUUUAAUAUGGUAGUAUUUUAUUUUUUUUUUUUGUAGGACUGUGUCCUAGAGAGAAGCAGCUAUUCAUUAUUCACUCAUUCAGUGUCAUGUUUAGCUCUUUCAUUCAUCUGUAUUGUAUCUCAUAGUCCAUUCAUUCGUAACUGGCGUGUUGUGCUGUGUAUGUCUAGUGUGUCACACCAUCUCAGUGUCAGGCACCGAACUGUGCUAAUAUGGAGCAACAGAGUCCAACUGGUAUCAACUCUGCAGUUUUUUUUUUUGUUUUUUUUAUUGAGAAGUACUGGUCAGUACUGUGUGCCAGGAUCAUGAAAAACAACACACUUGAGCUCUUUUCUUUACUGGAUUGUGCUUUGCUGUCAACAUUGACUACUUGUUUGUUUCUUACAAUAUAUUUACUGUUCAUAGCGAUGGGAGCGUCCUCAGUCUUAGAAUUUCAUUCGCUUGUCUUUUUUAUUAUUAUUUUGUAUUUUUAUUGGCUAAGAUUGUACUAGUGAUUUGGCCAACUCUGAGUAUUGAAGAAAUAGGUAUGCAACUGUUGAAUAACCUCUGACACGGUGCUGCCAAAAGAGCGAUCGCAUUCAUGAGGUCAGCUGAAUAGUGACUGAACAAGUCCAGUAUUAAAGCUAAUGCUAAAACACUGAUUUUAAAUGAAGAAUAUCUGUCCAUCAAGGAAUACAUCAAUUGUCUUUGGGAAGUCUAUUUGUUCAUUGAUAAAAUAGUAAUUAUCAUGAUCUAGUCUACUUUCUGAGUUGAUACUUUCAUAUCCAAGUGGAGUUGUAAAUAAUGAUCUUGUUACAGUUGAAGAAGUUCAUGAAAUAAUUAUCUUCCCCAAAAGAGAUUUGCUACUGAAGACUUGUUUUUUGUUGAAGAAGUUGGCAUUUUGAAACACAUUUGUUACUUUAUUUUAAUUAUAUGACAUGUUUGGUAUUACUGGAUAAUUUGUGCAAAAUUCAGAAUGUUAUUUUGUGAGACAUCAGCACCUUUUAUACACUGACCAUCUAAAAACUUGCUCUCUGGGAGAACCAUUCCUUUUUUUAACCUAAACAUAGAGUUAGCCAUUAUGAAAUGUUCUUUUUUGACAAUCUUAAAUGCUCUCGUUUGUUGACACCCUCCUAUUAUUAAAAUGAAUGCACACAUUGGCCUUAUGUGCACUUGUAUGAAACUACAAUCAAAUCUAUAGAACGUCUGUUCAUCUGUCCCCCAUUGAUGUGAUUCUUGUUAAUGAGUGUGCAACAUUUUGAUUGUGCCAAAUAUGGGCUGUGUUUCUAAAAUUGUGCACAAACGCUGCCUGUGCCCGCAGUCGCCUCUACACAUUCCACUGGCUGUGUUCGCUGCUUGAAUCUUCUACCGUCAAGAGUUGGUGGGGCAUGUUAUGUGAUUCAUGCUUAUCCUGGCACCAUGUGACAUCCAUUUAUUUGUUCUCGUGGGUGUGUAUCGUUAUUAAUUGCAUUCAUCAAAUAUACUUGAUUGGAUGGAAACAUGCAUGAGACAAGUGAAAGUGUCUAGUUUUCAUUUCUGUUAUAAAAUGGAGAGAUGAGAACACUUCCAGUUGAUUUCCUCUUUCCCUGAAGAACUUAAUUUUCACAGCUUGAAUGUAAAGCCAAUGAGUUUUAGGGGUCAUGUGAGCAAACCUAAUCAGAGUCUUAAGAGAUUAGGUCUAAAUCCUGUGUAUGUCUUUGAAAUGAAGUUGUCCAUUUUGUUAAACCGAAACCGAGCUCUAGAGCUCAAAUGAAACACCUCAGUUAAGUGGUGCAAAGAAAUAAACUUGAUAAUAAAUAAAAACGACGCACACUGAUUUUCUUAAUGCUUUACAGUGUAUUCCAAAAAAGGACCAUCCAGAUAUUUACUUACAUUUGAGUAUUGUCAGUUGUUUGGGAAGACAUUUAUUUUUAAAUCCUCUGUUUACACAGCUUGGAUGUUAAAGCGUUUUCAAUACAUUUGCCAUUCUUGCUGAUUGUCUGUGCAUUUCUUUGGCAGAAGUGGAAAAUAAAGUUUGCAAAGCCUACUUUGAGUGUUUCAGCUUAUUAAAAAUCUCUCUGAAAACUGUUCUACUCAUAUAUAUAUAUAUAUAUAUAUUAU